AUGAAAUUCCAAUCAAUCUUCGUAUUCUUGAUUGCCAGUUUGGCCGCUGGAUCCUAUGCUCAAAGACCAUGUAAUAUCUUUCUUCAAGGUCAAUUUACUCAUGUAAUUAGUGGGCAAUCUGGCUGCUACGGUACUGACCCUACAGACCCUGUAAAGUUUGCCAGCGCUUCCUACAAUGCUGCUUACACACUUUACGCUAGCGAAAACUGCCAAAACCCUAUUUUCGCUGGUUCUGGUUACACCAAUUUUAUUCCUCCGUUGCAAAGCAAGUCUGUCAGACUAAAUUGCCCACAAUGA